AUGGACGACGCCGCUGGUGGCUGGCAUACCGUCAUGCCUACAUCCCAUCAUGGGAGUAACCAAUUGUCACGGCCACAGGUCGAACAAUAUGAGCUCCAGUCGCUGAAAGAAUGGAAAGGCUCAAGCGGAAAUUGGUCAGGAUUGGGAAAGCAUGUUACCACUGCCGAUCACCCAGAAGCAAAGACAAAAGUACACGCCCGUUUCAAAACCAUUGAGCACCUCGGUGCAACCCGUAUAUCGGUGGUUGAAAAGGUCCACUACACGCUCCACAACAACAAAUACCCAGUAUGCCUAGCACGAAAGAGGAUAAGACCGAGGCGGGAUAUGACGUUGAAAAUGCUUAGGGCUGAAGCCGAGGUCAUGGAGCGACUGGAUCAUGACCAUAUUAUCAAACUGGUGGGCACCUACUCUAUAAAAUACAAUGAGCUAUACCUCUUGAUCUGGCCGGUUGCAGUGUGCGACCUCUCUGCCUUCCUCAACGAGGUCGACGAUCUACAACAUGGAGAGUGCAAUUGGGAAGACGUAGUGAGCCGAUUCGAGGCUCUCGAUCUACGCAGGCCUGAUGGCAAGGGAGAUAUUGGUCACGGCCUGUGCCACAAGCAGUAUUUACACCAGAUUAUAGGCUGCAUCUCGCAGGCGACAGCCUUCUGCCACAAACAACAUAUACGGCAUCUGGACCUCAAGCCGCACAAUAUCCUCCUGGGCCCCGGUCGAGUCUACUUGGCAGACUUCGGAAUAGCCAAAGAUGUCAAUCAACGUGAUCACACACACACGCUGGGAGCGCUGGGAACUCCUAAUUGGCGAGCCCCAGAAAUGAGCAGUACCGAAGAUGAGUGGUCAAUGAAAGCUGCAGAUAUCUAUACCCUGGGUCUCGUCCUCCUGAAUAUUUUGGCAAUCCUAUACGGCGCGAAUAUGUCUGAGUUCGAGCAGGCUCUCUGUGAUGAACAUUCGGUUCCUUCUGUUGGGAAAUUGGGGCGUUUUCAAGACAGUUUGGCAACAUUGGCUCUCGCAAGUCAGGAAGUCAAGGAUCCGCAUGAGGCGACCGUCGCACCGAAGCAUAUUGUCUGGCUGACGUCACGUAUGGUGUCGUCUAAGCCAAAAUCCCGGCCCGAUGCUGCUUUGGUUGACAAGGAGCUUGUGUGCCUUGGCGGUAUCGAUCAGAUAUACCACUCACCCUGUUGCAAGAAGAGCAGCCGAUAUGUAACAGAACUUCUCGACGACAGACAAAGGGUGAUGGCCACAGCGAUGAAGAACCUUCAGCAAGAGAAUGACCGACUCUCUAGUAAGGUCAGGGAGUACGAAAAGCGAAUUCAGGGAGACAUGGUGAGGUGCGAAAAGAGCAACAAGUUGAUUGAGGACGAGAGACGAAAGAGGAAACAGCUUGAGGACCAGAUCGCUGAAAUGCAGCGCGAUAGAGCACACCGUCGUCCUCAAACAGCCAGGCAUCAGGGGCAAUUCCAAGACAACAACGCACCUCGACCCAAUCUGCGAUACGCGAAAGGAACACAGGAGUCACGGUCUACCUUUUCAAGCCAACAACCGGCAGCCGCGCCUCAAAGCAAGAUGGCCAGGCCAGAAUCAGGGAAUGAGUCGCGACUUGCCAUCGCUGCUACUGCUCAGCCUAAGACGCCUUCCGCACAUCCUCUCACCUUUGCCAGAGUGGUUGCUGCAACCCCCACAAGUCGGGGAGUCCCCAAUCCAAGCAAAUCACCACAGCCAGGAGUGAAGCCUAAACGGAAGGCCUCCAGACUUCCCUUGCCCGGCAGCCCAGCCACUCCCAUCCGCUCACGGGCCCAAACGCCUACUCUCAACCGCGACUCUUCCCUCACUGACAGCACUCAACACAGCAUGGCAAGCUCGGUGCUGUCUCGCUUCAGCGUCGGAACGAAGGAUACCUCAGUAUCCCCCAGUCCAGCAAUGGGAGGCAGCCCGCUCAUGAGCAGGGACGAUACAAAGUCGUCGGAUGGCCACUGGAUCGUUCCGGGCGCUGGUCUUGGGAUCAGCGGAGUCCCCUUCGAGAAUUUUGCGGAAGGGGCCAGUGACUCGGGCCCAGAUGCUGGAGAUUCGAUCAGUAGAAGACAAAGCAACGAUCCGUCCAGUCUGGUCCCGAGCGCCUCGACGUUGUCACCCAUUGACCCUCAGUCCAGAGGGCCGCCGCGGCCCAAUGUAAAGAGUUGGGCGGAUGUCGCCAAGAAGCAACUGCGGGGAGUUGUUACAAGAUGA